AUGAAGACAGGUGAUGGCGUCAACGACGCUCCGGCCCUAAAGAAGGCCGAAAUCGGUAUCGCAAUGGGAAGUGGAACUGCCGUGGCCAAGUCUGCUUCCGAAAUGGUGUUGGCCGAUGACAACUUCAGUACCAUCGUCUCGGCAGUAGAAGAAGGUCGCGCUAUCUACAGCAACAUGAAACAGUUCAUCCGGUACCUGAUCUCAUCAAACGUUGGAGAGGGUAAGUGUGACAAAAAACUUUGCGCCUUGUAA